AUGAAGUGUCUUGCUGUUCUUGCCCUACUUGGCAUCGCCCAAGCCCACUACACCUUUCCUGGCCUCAUCCAUAAUGGCGUUACCGAGGCCGACUGGACCUAUGUUCGUGAGACGACGAACCACUACUCUCACGGCCCAGUCCAGGAUGUAAGAGAUAGCCAACUCCGCUGCUAUGAGCUUCAGCCCGGCUCCAACGGCGCCAAGACGAAGAACGUCAAUGCCGGCGACAAGGUUGGCUUCCGCGUAGAUGGUGGCAUCCAGCACCCAGGGCCUUUGCAGUUCUACAUGGCCAAGGCUCCAUCUGGCGCUACAGCCGAAACCUUCAACGGCGACGGCGCCGUCUGGUUCAAGAUCUACGAAGAACACCCCACCGUCACCUCGGCCGGAUUGACGUGGGCGUCAAAUGGUCAGCAGACUGUCGACGUUACGAUCCCGCGCUGCCUUACACCAGGUUAUUAUCUGCUACGCGUCGAGCACAUUGGUCUUCACAGCGCGGGUUCCACCGGUGGAGCUCAGUUCUACCAAGGCUGCGCGCAGCUUUACGUCUCCGGCAGCGGGACCAAGACCUUCUCCGGGGUCUCUAUUCCGGGCGCAUACUCGGCUUCUGACCCCGGCAUCUUGAUCAACUUGUACUGGCCGAUUCCCACGAGCUACAAGAACCCCGGCCCAGCAGUCGUCUCUGUGAUACUUUUUGCGAUUCUCAUUUUUAUUGUCUUCGUUCUCGCCUUUGUGAUCCAAUCGAGUGCCAUCGACCUGCCACCAUGGACUAAAACAUUCCAAGGCGCCACGCCAGAGCAGCAGACGCAGUACUCUGCGGCCCUGCUAUCUGUUGUUCUUGUUAUCUCUGCCGUCAUUGUCACUGCUGGAAUCUACCUUAUCAGAUCUAAAGCGUACUGA